AGGCUGCGGCCGUUUCCCAUCCAGCCACAUCGUCCUCCUCCUCCACCUCCUCCACCGAUCCCCCGCCAUUCCGUUCGCCCCCGGCGAGAAGAACCCUAGCGCCCCUCGCUCCUCCGCCCGCCGCAUCCACGGUUUUCCUCCUCUUCCCGUCCGCGGGCGCGAUCGAGGCGACGGCGCUCGCGCGGAAGGACACAAUACUUCCAGGGUAUUCUAAGCAUUCUUGGGUGCAGCUGCAAAGGUUGAAAGCAAACCUGUAAAGAUGACAUCAGAAGGGAAUAAACCUAUUGGACCUGGUGAACCACUGACAGCAAGCUCUGGUGCAAAGCGUAAGCGUGGCCGCCCAAGGAAAUAUGAGUAUUCUACAUAUCAACAACCACAGAUGGCACAGCCCAUUCAGAGCAUUCCACCUCUUCGCAGCACUCUGUAUAACUCGAAUAUCCACCAUGAUGGGGUGCAUAUGACCCAUACAUCAGGUGCUACUGCUGACACUGGAAUGCAUACAGUUUAUGUGCUUCCUGCACAGCCUGUCCAUGGUGAUAGCUCCACUCGACCUAGAGAUUCUGGUAAUAAUACAGUUAAGACUCAGGAAAAUCAAGCCUUCAGUUAUAGCACUGCUCAUGUGCAAGGUAAUUCAGGCAAGGAUGUUAUUAUUGGCAAGCAUUUUGUAGGCAAGAUGACCAAGCAAUCUCCUGGAUUUUCUCUUAUUACGGUUAAAGUGAAGGACAACCAUGUGCUCAGAGGUUGUAUCCCAGAUGCAUAUAACCUACUCCCAAUUACCCCGAAGGAUGAUCUUGCCCCUGAGCUCCCCAUGCUCCGGCUAAGUCAAGUUCAAAAGAAACCAUCUGCAAUCCACAGGCAAGCGCCUACUCCCUUGCCCGUCCGCUUGGAGGAUGUUACAAUUGCAAAACCUCUUCAGAUGAGGAGACCUGUGGAGAAAUCUAAUGCUAAGCACAUCAUCCCUCCCAUUCCAAGACCAUACAUUGGUUCUGGAGUUCUUGCAGCAACACCUAUCUCUGUUAAAUCUGGGAAUGCUGAAUCUGCGUGUCUAGAACCAUCAGUUACCGCGGUGCCAGUUAAAUCUGCUCAACCUAUUUUAAUAUCAUGCACAUGGAAGCGAUGA